UAUAAAUUCGGUUACAAUUCUCUCGCUGACAGUUUGGGAACAGCUAUUUGCGUAAAGAGAAGAAGAAGAAGACGAAACUUUCAGUCUUUACCGUGUCUCCAUGUCCACAAAAACGGCUACUAUGUUUGUAGCCAUCCAAGUUUUGCUCUGCUUCACACUGACCCUGAUCCAACAAGGGUCCUGCAAUAUCACCUACAUCUGGGUCUACAAUAAUCCAACAAUCGCUUACAAGACCGAAAAUUCAGCGAUGCCGUGGAUCCGGCGAGGAAGCGGCGAGUCAGCGAACCGAAGAAACGAUUACACAUACCCGUCAGGCGCUGCUUCUGGGUACAAGGUUCACACUCAAGCGGUUGUUUGGUCGCAAGCUCGUAGGAUUUGCGCCGAUGAGGGCGGUCAUUUAGCCAUUAUAAACUCCGUGGCCGAGGCGAACAUGGUGUCGGAGAUCUUCGAGAAAUCGGAACCAAUUAUUGGGUCAGCUUGGCCCGAUUUUGCCAGCAUUGGUUUUCACUGUCUCUUCGAACCAGACGUGCAGUACGUCACCAUUCAUGACCAGACUUUGGAAAAGGCUGGAUAUAAUCAGUGGUUCCCAGGCGAGCCUUUUGUUGACGGUACGCAACACUACGGAUGUAUCCAUAAAAACGGCCAAUUGGACAAUCACCGUGCAACCACUCCGUUCGGCUUUAUAUGCGAGCUUCCGAUUCAUUGACCUGCAAGCUUAACCCCAAAUCAAAUGAAAGUAAUGAAGAUAAUGUAUAUAUAUAUCCUGCCGCUGCGACAUACGAGUUGGU